AUUGCAAGUUCACAGCCAUAGAGGAAUUACACAACACAAUUUCACAUCUUUCUGUUAUUCUUUUUUUCCUAUCCAAAAUGGCACCCAUUGCCAAACAUUUCUCCCUUAUCUUCCUCCUUACUCUCUUGUCUUCACUCCAAAUUCAUGCAAGGGACGGUCAAUUCUUCAACAAAAUUCCCAGCAACAAUGGUGAGAAAGAGACACAAACAGUUAUUCCUAACAAAGAACAAGAACCUAAUUUCAUGCCUGAGAAUGAAAAUGGAGCCUAUGGUCUAUAUGGUCAUGACUCUGUCACCACUCCUAAUACUAACAAUCCCUCUGUCCAAAAUCUUCCCAACAGUAAAUACCUUCCCAAGAAUUACAAUCCUGUUUCUUAUGUGACUGUCCCUGAGGACAACACUAAUGAAAAUGAUUUGAACAACAAUGAGUUCACAACCAAGCACACUACCACCACCACUGCCUCUAAUAACAACCAAUUCUACAGUGGUCCCACCACUUACGGCAACAACAACAACAACAACCAACAACAGUACUAUAAUGGCGUUAGCGAUUAUAGUACUAAGCGCAACAACCAGCAGCAGCAGCAACAGUUCUACAGUGGCGACAACUUUUACAGUAACAACCAGCAGCAGCAGCAGCAACAGUUCUACAGUGGCGACAACUUUUACAGCAACAACCAGCAGCAGCAGUACUACAAUGGUGGCAACACUUACAACAAUAACAACGACAACAACAACAACAAUGAAGAGGAGGAGGAGUACUACAAUAACAAUGGUGGUAACACUUACUACAACAACAACAACGAGCAACAGGAGUUGAGUGAAACAAGAUUAAGUGCCAGAACUUACAGCACCAACCCAACAAAUUACGGAAACAAUUACAACAACAACAAUCAAGAACAGAGCUACUCCACCAACUACAAUAACUACAACACUGGCAAAAGUAAUUACAGGGUGCACCAGCAGCAGGGGAUGAGUGACACUAGGUUCUUGGGAAAUGGGAAAUUCUACUAUGAUAUCAACGCUGAGAAACAUGCUAGGGAUCCAUAUGAAAAUGCAAGAGAAUUUGCUGCAAUGAACCAACAGUACAACAACAGGAACACCUAUGGAAACAAUGAAUACAACACCAACAACAACAGUUUUGAGAAUGAAGAGGAGUUCCAAGUUGAAGAGAACAUGCCUUGAGCUUUUGUUCAACACUUUGAUGAAAACAAAAAAAAGUAAACAUAGUGAGCCAAAAGGAAUGUUAUGUGUCCCACAAAUAUCAUUGAUGUUGUUUUCCUUUUUUAUCUAAGUUAUAUUUUAUUAGCAAAAUGUUAAUUAAACUACAGAGUUAUUUUUGGGUGUUUAAUGGCUAUGAUUAUAAGAACUUGUAUUUUUAAUGUGGUGAAAUCGACAGUGAAAAAAAUUGGAGUGAUCAAA